UGACAUGGACGGUCCUAGUCGAAACGGUGGGUGCAGGCAGAGCCGUCGCUCCCGGUCUCAACGCGACAGGGAACGACGCAGGAGGAGAGCGGAUCCUGCCCAGCACAGAGCCUCGUCCCCAUCCUCGGCCUCCGACCAGGAGCUCUGCAGAGGCAAUCCCUUACUUGGUGGGGCCGCUGCUGGAGAAUGUCGGCCUGCCUUCCCUGGUGUCAGACACCGGCCUCCUCGCCGGAGAAAGCGAGAGUCGGUGUCCUGCGAGGAAGACAUAAUCGAUGGCUUCGCUAUCGCCAGCUUCAUAAGCUUAGAGGCCUUGGAGAUGGACUGUUCUCUUAAGCCCCCAGAGCGUGCUGGUGGGCUCAUGGGGAGAGGCAGCAAGAGGAAGAGGGGCCCGGAGGAGAACGGCGGCGGGCCCCUGUCCGAGCCGGAGGAGGGAGCGCCAGCCAGCUUCACUACUACCGGCAGCACCUGGGAGAAAUUCAGAAAGGGAGAGAGGAAAAGAAAGAGGAAGAGAGAGGAGAAGGCCCUUGGGAAUCAUUUUGUGGAGACAGGAUACAUUUGUGAUACAGAGAGCGACUCGCCUGACAAGGCUUCUGACAAUGACAUGGACCCCAUAUUCUUUGUCAAAAAAGUGGACCCAGUCCCGUCGAACAUGGCCGCAUCGAUGGCCAACGGUCACACAGUGGUGCCCACGUACAGCAGGGUGUCCCGCCUUGCUGUCACCCCGCGCGUGUCUGGCCUGGAGAGGAGCCAGGAGCGCAGUCUGGACCUGCCUUACCCCGAGCCCCUCACUACCUCCACCUCCUCCUCCCUCUCCUGCCUUCCCCUUCCCCUUUCUCACGCCCACGCCCACCCUCACUCCCGCUCCGGCCCCACCGCCACGGUCACCUCUCUGCCCGAGCAGGUCAACGGCAACGGACUUCACCACUUGCACCACCGGCCGCAGGAGCGGGGCAACAGCCCCCCGCGGCCCAAACACCACAAGCCCUUUCUCACCUUCCCCGGGCGCCUCCCCACGUCCAACGCGUACACCAUGGGCAUCAACAGGAACAGUACCUCAGUCAAGCCGCCAUCUUCCUCGGCUGCCUCCUCCUCUUCCAUGCGGCCUCCCACGCCCUCCAUCAACAUGCCCAUGUCCCACGGCAGAGGCCCUGGGGGCAACGGACUCCACCCACACAACCACCCGCAUUCACACCCACACCCACACAACCACCCGCACUCACACGCACACGCACACCCCCACAACCACAACCACAAUCACAACCACCCUCACAACCACAACCACAAUCACAACCACCCCCACCCCCAUCCUCAUCCGCACCCUCAUGCACACCCGCACCGGCCUCCGUCCCGGCCCAACUCUCGCACCUACUCCCCGGGCCUGCCCCCUCCUCCCCCGCUGCUGCAAGUGGCCAAUCACUCGGCACCAGACCAGGACCGGUUGCGUGCGGACAUGAACUCCGGUUACCACGGGCCCCCGGGGGCCGAGCGCGAACGCGAGCGUGACCGUGACGGCCGCUCCUCUGUACCCGGGGCUAGCAGUGGCUCCAACAGUUCCAUUUCCACGGGGCCCAACGCCACGGGAACCAACGCUACCACGGCAACGUCCACGGCCGCCACGUCGACGUCCGGGGCCCCCAGCACCUCGAGCAGCACGCGGCCGUCCCAGACCACGCCCAACUCCAUCCCGCCCAUGUCCUACCAGUUCCACCAGCACAACCACCAGCACCAGCACACGCACACGCACCAACACUUCCUGCACCCCACCGCCACCGCACAGCCCCUGUUCGAGAAGUACCCUGCGCCGAAGAUGGACAGCCUCUUCCGGCACCCUGUACGUAUCAACCACAGACAGUACUUCCCUCAGUAUACUCCCCCGGUGCCUGGCAUCCAGCCUGUCCUCCCUCCUACCGGGCCCUUCAGCUCACUGCAAGGAGCCUUCCAGCCUAAGCUUGUUGCCCUUCAGGGGGCUGCUCCAGAGAUGACUGCACGCCUCGGGGUAAUACCCCCACAUCUACAACCCAAAGACCCACGGCUCACAGACCCGUUUGCCACAUCGCUUAAAGUCAGUAAUAAACCUGGGAAGUGGUGUGCCAUGCACGUACGUGUGGCCUGGAUGAUCCUCAGGCACCAGGAGAAAGUCAAGCUGAUGCAGGCAGACCCACAUAAGCUGGACUUCCGUAAUGACCUGCUGGGCCGCCUGCCUGGUGCCGGGGGCAUGGGCGGACUGGGUGGUCUGGGGGUACUCGGAGGCACUCUGCCUCCCACCCACGACCUCACGCGGCCAGGCGGCCUCUUCGCACCUGCUGGUGGAGUGAAUCCGACCUCCUCCCCGUUCAUACCACCAUCGGGGCCUCACGCCUCCUUCCUCACCCCUGCUGCCCAUCUGGGUAAGAGAGCACUUCUCUGCAGGCAGGGGCGCAGCUGUGGCGCUACAACGCUGCAGUUCAACCAUCCAUAUGGACGCUCUCCUCCCUUCACCCCGCUGGGCGCCCUGGGCUCGGGGGCGUUCGGAGGGCUGGGAAGCCCAACACUGGCAGCUGGCUCCGUGUUUGGCCAUAAGGACUCGGCGGCCCCCGGUGGGUCGGUGGGCGGGAUUGGGAACCCCCACGACCCCUGGAACCGGCUGCACGUGGCCCCUCCCUCGUUCCCCUCCGGCGCCCCCUGGGCCAAGCGGGAAGAGAAGCGGGACGACAGCAGGGAGCGCGGGAAGGAACCGGAGAGGAGGGAGGUGACCCACAUCAAGGACGAAAGGGACAGGGACAACAUGCUGUAUGGCCGUCAGCCCAUGAGGAUGUCGCCGGGAGCCCCGCCCAUCAACAUCAAGCAACAGCACCGCAGUGGUACCCCCGUCUCCCACAUGAACGGCCUGGGGGCCUCGCUAAACAGCAGCGCCGGGGGCCCCUCCGACGGGCCCCUUAGGGACCGUGAGCGCGAACGAGAACGGGAACGCGAGAGGGAGCGAGAAAUGGACAUUAAGCGACCUCCGCACUCCAUGCUUCCCUCCUCUUCCUCCUCCUCCUCCUCGAGACCUCCCAUGGCCAGCGCAGCGGCAGGGUCGGCGUCCUCGGCCCCCGACAGACCUCGCUCCUCAUCGUCAUCCGUCCUCACCACCCCGCCGCCCCCCUCCACCUCCCUGGCGCCCUCCCCGCUGGACCUCUUCCCCCGCCACGCGCCUCCACAGCUGCCUCACGCCGUGGGAGGCCCCGGAGGUGUUGGCCCUCCUGAUCUGCACCACUCCUCGCACCGGGACAGUGUGGGCCCGGUCUCCUCGGCCUCAUCCACCUCCUCCUCCACAGUCACCUCCCAUCAGAAAACGAAAAUGGACCGCACCACGCCCGUCAACCACCACAAGCCGCAGCAGCAGCAACAGCAGCAGCAGCAGCAGCAGCAGCAGCAGCAACCGCCCUCCUCCGCGCCUCAGCACCCGACCUUGCCCACGGGGCUCCUGAAGGUCAAAGAGGAGCGCAAGGAGGAGCCGCUGCCUCAACACGGCUACGAGAGACCCAGCAGUCGCCACCCGCACCUCCCCGGCACGCCCUCCUCGGGCCUGUCCAUCACGCCCACGCCCAGCGGGGUGCCCCUGCCGCCCAUGACCCCGCACCCGCACGCUUCGCUUCUCGACCGUUCGCGUGCCCUGGAGGUGUACUUCGGUAACGCGGCGGCGGCGGCGUCCAACGAGCGCUUCUUGGCCGCCCACCCGCACCUGGCUGCACACCAGGGCCCCUCUCAGGCUCAGCACCCUUACGCCUCCUGGGACCAGUGGAGGGAGCUGGCCGCUGCCCAGCAGCAGCAGCAGCAGAGGCAGAGGGAGCUGGCUCUGCGGGCCGACCCGCACCUGGCUCUGCGCUCGGACCCGCACUUGUCGCGUCUGCUGCAGCACCAGCAGGCGCAGCGGAUUCUAGAAGCCGAGCGCGCAGUGGCGGCGGCAGCAGUGGCUGCGGCUGCCAACCCACACCACCAGCCCCGCGUGUCGACUCCACCGACCUCUGUGGCGUCCGCAGUGGGCCGGCCAGAAUUUGGACUGAUGGCGCACCACUUCGAGCGGCCGCCACACCAUGGCGUUGGUGGUCCUGGUGGGGGCUUGCUGGACGAGGAACAGCGGGCGCAGAUCCUGCGCGAGGACUUUGAACGGGCGCGGUACUACGGCAUGCACCCACCGCACCACCCCCACCUUGCCAACCAUCACCUGCCCGGCGCCUCGCACCUGUCCGGGGCAGCCGCCGCUGCUCACCUGGAGCAGCUCCACGCCGGAUUGCUCGCCGGACACCCGCACCUUCACGCCGCUGCUGCCGCGGCCGCAGCUGCCGGGGCCUCCACCUCUCCGCACCACCUGGGGCUGUACUCGCGCCUGGGCGCCCUGGGACACCCGCAGACGCACCUGUCCAAUGGCAUCCUGACCAAGGGACCCGGCGGGCUGGUUGGGGCCCCGCCCCCACUCAUACCCUCUGUGAGCAGCCGCUCAUCCACGCCCCCGAGGCCCACCAGGCUGGGCCCCGUGGCUGAACUGGCACUCUUCAGCGCCCACAAAGACGCAGAGUCCAGAUAGUACAGGGAGGGGGAAGAGAAGGAACGAAAGAAAGAAAAAAAGCCUGGAGCAGGAGAUCAAGGGAAGAAAUCAUUUUUUUAAUUAUUUGGGGUUUUUUUUUGUUCUUCUCUGUCCUGUGCUGAAACUAUUAUUAUUAUUUUUGUUUUGUUUUAUUUUUGUUUGUUAUUUUAAGCUACUCCCUGUCAAAAGGGGGGAAGGGACAUUUAAAAAAAAAAGUCUGUGCAGGAAAACAUGCCUCGGCCUCUUUUGGGAGGGUCGAGAGCUGUGGACAAGAGAAGAGGGCCUUACCGAGGCCACUCAUGCAUUCACUGUGGUUUCCCUUCGAUCAGUGCAAUUUUUAAAGAAAGGUACUCUGAUGAUACAAUGUGCUCACGGUUCAUUACUGUUCUAAAGAAAAGGGCCUGUGGUUGUCACAGUCAGAGUAUCAUCUCUCCAUUAAUCUGUAAUUUAAUGGAAAGAAAGAGACCGUGAUGGCGAGAGACACCGAAAGAUGUCCUUGUUUUUUGGGGAGUUUGAAUUAUUGUAGGAAAUGGACCUGUAUACACGCAGACACACACACGCACACACACACACACAGAAAAAAAACAUCUUCCGGUACGUGAUGAGUGGGUGUAUUUGAAGUGCAAAUUUUAAAAAUUGUCUAUUAACUUGGCGGUGAGAUUAGGGAAAUACCUGCUGUUACUUGGAUUUUUUUUCCUUAUGGCUCAACAACAUUUUUGUAUGUAUAAAAAAUAGAAACAGAAAAUGCAGCAAACACGCCUUUUAAUUUGUUCCCCCUUCACCUCAUCAGUCACAUCUGUAACAUCAAAAUGUUAUUUUGUUUUAAUCCUGAAGACUCAGUGGUAAUAUGAACUGUAUAUCUUUUUGUGGGUAAUAAUUGUUUUAUUUCCCCCAAGAAAAACAAGCUGUCUCCCCAUCUUCCUCUAUCCAAGCUCCCCUAAGUGUGAGAGCUGAACAAGAAUAUAGUAGUAUAGUAAUAUUGCCUUUUAAUUGUUAUUGUUAACAUUAAUUACCUUCUAUAAUAAAUAUAUUCACUGUUUUUAUGUUAUAUUGUCAUUGUUUCAGGUAUUAAUGGUAAAAUGCACUCCCAUGUUAGUCAUGCGUUUUAGAGACGUCCCUGUUCCAGCAAAGCACCCAGAGCGCUCUGUGUCCAUUUUCUUUUUCUUUUUGGAUGUAACCGGCUAUGGACUGAAACAAAAAACAAGUCACCAUGUCUGGCUUCUUUUUGUCACUGAGGACUCUGCUUAAUAUUUAUACUUGAGACAGUAGGUCUAAACUGUGUGCGUGUGUGUGCGUAUGUAUGUAUGUCUGUCUGCGCGUGCGUGUACGUAUGUAUGUAUGUAUGUAUAUCGUCUGUCUGUUUAUAUGUUUCAGUCAUGACAGGGACAUGGAAAGCCCAAAGGCAACUGUGAUGAUGAUAAAAUGCCUCUUGUGAUGAAUGGAUGCAUGGGACAUUGUGUGGACAAGUCAAAAGUUAACAGAAGAAAAAAAAACAAAAAAGGAAUGCAGGCCUUGCACCUGCAUAACAACAGGACUGAAGGGACUCCCUGACAUGGAGAAACUGGACAUUCGGGGUGAAAUAUUUGAAUAAAACAAUUUUAUACCUUUUAAACUAUGUUCCCCUUGAAAAGAAAACCACAAAGAUUAAUUAUUAAAUGAAUUGUUGGUUAUUUA